CAGACUGUAGUCUGGUUCUACGAUUUGAUUCAGUGUAUAAAUUUGACAGUAGAAAUCAAAACAACGCCGUCGGCUUUGUUGUUCUGCUUUCAGUGAGAUUCGGUCUGCGUCUGCCCGGUCUGCCGUGCUGGUUCUUAGCAAAUUUAAUGAUUUUUUGAGUAUUCAGAAGAAGUUCUCCAUGGCAGCCACCCGAGAACGCCGUUCGAAUGCAGGGAAUCGCAUUGCUAAACUACUGGACGAGGAGGAAGAGGACGAGUUCUACAAAACCUCAUACGGCGGAUUUAGCGAAACUGUGGAUGAUCGAGAUUAUGUUCAAAAGAACGACGACGAGGAAGACAUCGUUGAUUCGGACUUCAGUAUCGAUGAAAAUGAUGAACCCGUCUCAGACCAGGAGGAGGAAGCACCCAAGCGGAAGAAAAAAGUUGUCACCAAAGCGUACAAGGAACCGGCCAAGAAAAAAUCUCCCGUAAAAGUAGCCAAGGAAGCGAAACAUAAAUCCGAGCGGCAAAAAUCGCCCAAGAAGAAGGAGAAGAGCACCUUUACGGUUUUGGAUUCCGGUCGAAAGUCCUUCCGGAAAUCGACCGCGGCCAAAACGGCCGCCACCCAGAGCCGCAUCAAGCAACGGGUUGAGGCCGAGAAGCGUAAACCCAAGGUGGUCAAAGCGGAAGAGUAUAUUCCCACACAGGAGGAGUUGCUGGAGGAGGCCGAAAUCACCGAGAAGGAGAAUCUUAAGUCACUUGAAAAAUUCCGCAAAAUGGAGCUGGAGAAGAAGAAAACCCGUCCGACCAAACGGGUAUUCACCGGACCCAUUGUGAAGUAUCAAUCAUUUACCAUGCCGCUGGUAGAGGAAGUUUCACCGAACAAGAGCGUCUCGUCAGAAUCUCUGACCAAAAUGGAUGUCGACGAUGCGGAGGAAGCGAAGGAAAGAAGUAAGCAGAGGAAAUCGAAAAAGACUUCGCCGAGGGUGGAAGUGAAGGGAAAAUGCGAGCGUACUUUCGUCACAUUCGAUAACGACAUCGAUGAUCGCCUGUUUGACAGCUACUUCCCGAAAGUUGCGAAACGGGAACGACGUAGCCAGAUUUGCGCCAUCACUCGACUUCCGGCGAGAUACUUCGACCCGGUCACACAGCUACCGUACCGGAACAAACAGGCGUUCAAAAUUCUACGGGAGGCUUACUACCAGCAGCUGGAGGAUAGGGGCAAUCCGCAGAAUCCCGAUGUGAGUAAAUGGCUCGAGUGGCGUAAAAAGAUCAAAGACUUCCGGAUCAAGAGUUUGAACAAAAACAGUUCACUGCUCGGCAUGAUCUCUUCCAGUGGAGGUGCGUAGUUGUGUACUGCCUAAGGUUUAAUAAAACCACUGCAUUCUUGCUACAGCACUAUAAUUAAGUA